AUGGGCAAGAAAAUACGCUGCAAGUUCAGGGCCUACCCCGCAUACGAGGCCCUCGAAGCAGCGAUACGCAAUGCGGUGAUCACAGUCACCACACCACCUACAGAGAGUGGGACAAUCGACCCGGCAAACAUGGGACGGAGAUCCCAACAAGCAGCCACAGGUGGAGGUACAAACACCCAGGACAUCAGCACAAUGCUGCAGCGCCCCGCGGCACCAAAGAUGGCCGCCAUGCCUGAACAGGACACCAGCUCUGCAGGAUUAGAGCAACCAUUGGGGGAAAUCACAGACCCACAGCCACACAUGGACAUUCAGCCGGACCCCGAUGCACUAACCCCAGCCACAAAACUGGACAUUAGAAACCUCCUGGCAGAGCUGAAACAUAUGUCCGUGCAAACCACGGAGGAGGACAUUUUGGACGUGCAGCACGAGGUGAGAGGCCUUAAAGAAACAGUAAUACAACUUCAAACCUCCCACUCUGCCCUGCUCAACAAACUGGAUGCUGCAGAAGACAGAAACCGCAGAAACAAUGUAAAAAUAAGGGGCAUACCCGAUGAUGUAAGUCACUCUGAACCACCACACUACCUCAGACGCCUCUUUGCAAUCUUACCACCACACUCGCAGGCAAAGACACUGACCUUUGCAGGGAUCUUUCGCACCAGCAAACAAAAACAGGUACCUCCCCUAACAAACAGUGACGUAAUCAUGCGAUACCAAACCUUAGCGGACAGAAACAACAUUUUUGCUGCUACAAGAGGCAAAACACUGCUUGACUUUAUAGUGCUUGAUUCAUUUAUUUAG